CGCGGCGUGGCUCCCCCGCUAUGGCCACGUCCCCGUGCAGCAGCAGCGGCGUCUCCUCGUCGUCCUCGUCGGGGCUGGGCGCGGAUGCGGGGCUGGAGAUCCGCACGCGCUCCGUGGAGCAGACGCUGGUGCCGCUGGUGUCGCAGAUAACUACUCUUAUUAAUCAUAAGGAUAAACCAAAGCGUUCAGACAAGACUCUGCAAGCAAUUCAACGAGUGGGCCAAGCAGUUAACCUGGCAGUUGGGAGAUUUGUUACAGUCGGUGAAGCUAUAGCCAAUGAAAAUCAUGAAUUGAAAGAGGAAAUGAGUAUUGCUUGCAUCGAGGCAAGGAGAGCAGGUGAAACAAUCGCACAGCUUACGGAUGUGGCAAGCCUGGAUCACCCAGAAUCUGAUAGUCACAUAACAAUCUUUACAGACAAAACGGGUGUGGUAAAAGCUGCAAGGCUGUUGCUGUCUUCUGUCACAAAGGUGCUGGUGUUAGCAGACAGAAUUGUUAUUAAGCAAAUUAUAACUUCCAGAAACAAGGUUCUUGCAACAAUGGAACAACUAGAAAAAGUCAGUAGUUUCCAGGAGUUUGUACAAAUAUUCAGCCAGUUUGGAAAUGAAAUGGUAGAGUUUGCCCAUUUAACUGGAGAUCGGCAAAAUGAUUUGAAGGAUGAGAAGAAAAAGGCUAGAAUGGCAGCAUCUAGGGCUGUUCUUGAGAAGUGCACCAUGAUGCUUCUAACUGCUUCGAAGACUUGUCUGAGGCAUCCAGACUGUGAAUCUGCUCGUAUAAACAAAGAUGGAGUUUUUCAUCGAAUGAGAUUAGCUUUGGAACAGGUAAUAGAAAUUGUAACUGACUCAAGACCAAAUGGAGAAAGUGAAAUGGCCCCCAUCAGCAUAUAUUCUGGUAUCAAAGAGUUCAAGAAUAAGGUGGAGGGUCUUCGUGAGAAUCUUUAUUUUCUUUCAAAAGAGAACCUUUCCACAAUGCUGGAAGUUAUCCUGGAACAUACGGAGGACUUCACAGACUCUGCCUAUACCAGUCAUGAGCACAGAGAACAUAUUUUGGAGCUGUCUAAACAGGCUAAAAUGGAACUAGAGCAGCUGGUUUCAGUGUGGAUGCAAGCUCAAAACCAGAAGACAAAGGAUCUCAUGGAAGACUUGGAAGUAGCUAUUUUAAAAACAUGCCAGUGCAUGAAUGAACUUAAAAGAGAGGUUCACAGUGCAGCAACAUCUUUGGCAGCAGAUCUGCUAAAGUACCAUACGGAUCAUAUGGUUCUCAAAGCAUUAAAAAUAACAGGAGUAGAAGGAAAUCUUGAAGCUGUAGCAGAAUAUACCUGCAAGCUAUCAGAGCAGAAAGAACAACUUGUUGAGAUGUGUCGCUUACUGAGGCAUGUUUCUGGAACUGAGCCCCUUGAGAUUACAUGCAUACAUGCAGAAGAUACCUUCCAGGUCACUGGCCCACAGAUAAUUUCUGCUGCAGAAACACUGGCAUUACACCCAUCUAGCAAGAUUGCAAAAGAAAAUCUUGAGGUGUUCUGUGAGGCCUGGGAGUCUCAACUGAGUGACAUGUCUAUGCUGUUAAGAGAAAUCAAUGAUGUGUUUGAAGGAAGAAGAGGAGAGAAGCGUGUCUACCUGUCACUGCCCAGACCAGGGAAGCAUAAUGCAAAUCUGAAAGCAUUAAAGCCAGUCAAACUUGAUACUGAGGAACAGGCAAAAAUUGCAAAACUCGGACUAGAAUUGCAUUUGCUCACAUCUGAUGUGGAUUCUGAGACAGAGAAAUGGGAGGAUCAGGAGAAUGAGAUUGUGCAACAUGGACAAGGCAUGUCAAGUAUGGCCUACUCCAUGUAUUUAUUUACCAGAGGAGAAGGACUUCUGAAAACUACUCAAGAUUUAUUUCAUCAAGCAGAGAUUUUUGCUACAGAGGGCACAAAGCUUGCUUCAGCUCUUCAUGCCUUUUCUGAUCAGGUACGUGUUGAUGAUAAACCUUUGCUUCUGUUGGAGGCUGAGAAACUGAUCUCUAUGUGCAAACAGCUCCAAAUAACAGCUAAAGCUUCUGUUCAGGGUAAAAGUGCUACAUUUACAAAGGUUGAUGCGUGCAUUCUGAAAACAAGGAACGUGAUGACUCUGUUAUGCCAACUUCUUCCACUUUGCUGCAAAUUGCUGAGAAAGAAUAAAGCAGGAAAUGGCUGCCUUAAACCUGCUCCACCAUGGAGAGAAGACCGAAGACGGAUUGGUACAAAUGCACAUACACCAGAAAGGAGAGCUGAAACAUUUGGCAUCAAGUCUUUAGAAAAUCAUGUAACAAGCAUGACGUUUUUAGAGAGCAAGUAAUUAGAGCACUUAGAAAUGCAGGAACUCCCAUCUGAAAAUAACACUUGGUGAAUUUUCAAUAUUGCUUUCAUUUGUGGAAAGUCAAAUCAGGUUAAUUUGAAUUAAAACUGUUGACCGUUGUCACAUCUAAUAGAUGUCCCUUUACUUGACAAUUACAACACCAACUGGUCUAAUUGCUAUGUAUUUUUGUAAUGUGAAUGCCUUUCCUAUGCUCACUAUUGAUACUGGUUUUGUAAUUAAUGCUUAUGAAUGUCUUAAUGGAUGUUUCAACCCAAAGAUGCUGCUAAUAGACAUUUUACAUAAAGAACCUUAUGCUGCAUAUGCUAUAUGUAUAUAUAGCAUAUGCAGCAUUUUACAUAAAGAACCUUGUGCUGCAUAUGCUAUAUGUAACACUGCUGUUGAACUCUGUAUACUCAUCUCUGGCCUAUUUCAGUCUAUGUAUUUGGAUAAAGCAGAAUCAGGAAUGUAGUCUGAAGGGCUGUGGCUUAAAGCACUGAAAUCUUAUCUUAGUUGUGAGUUACACUUGCAAUGAAGUAGUUCUAGGAAAAAAUAAAAAAGCCAGAACUCUUUCAAUAGCUGCAUCACUGAAUUUUAAUCUUGUUGAAAUGAUUCAUGUUUGCAAAAGUGUAUUUCUAAGUGAUUAAUAGUCUUGCCUCAACCCCUUUUUCUUUUACCCUCUUUAUCUGUAGAUGGCAGUUGUUUCCUUUUUUAUUAAAACUUCCUGAGCAUAAUUUGUAUUUUAUGUAGAAUCACAAAAGUAUUAUGUAGACUUUAUGUUAUGCCAUUUAAAAUAUAAGAAAGUAGAUACUGAUUAUGGCAAACUUCUAUACAAAGGGCAUUAUUUGAUUUCAGGAUACCAUGAAAAUACAACUUGGUGUGAAAUACAUAUUUUCCAGUUUAUAUGCUCUUUGUACAUAGGCUUCUAUUGCAUUUUUAUUUCCAGUUCACAUUUGUCAAACUCCAUCUUGUAUUAGUUUACUUAAAUUAAGUGAUGGCUAAAUCAUGUAAUUUUUUUGUAUGUAUUACACUUGCACAGAGCAGAAACAAAGCUGCCUGUGGAACAUAAAUACUCUCCAACAUAUCCUGUGCUUAUUUAAAAACUUGUAGUGCUAGAGCUCAGAGAAAAAAGAGAAAGCAAAUCUUAAUAUACAAAAUAUUUGAACUGGUUUAUUCUUGUAUGAAUCAGGCAUUUAAGUUCCACUUCUAUAAACAGGCACUAGGCCUUUCAAUACCAUGAAUAUUACAGCAUACAAUAAAAGUAGCUUAUUUAGUAUCACAGAUGAUAACUCUAUCACUAAUUUCAUGAAGAAGAAUUAAGACGUUUCAACAAAACUUCCUCGUACUCCUUCUGUGUCAGAAGUCCUUGAGUUAUACUCUUGCUUUCUUCGAAUUUGGGUAGAACCACUGCAAUGUAUCCCUCAGUUGAUGGCUAAAAAGCAAUGCUGGAGUUAGCAGUGAAAUAAAAGUUGGAAAAUGCAAAGCAA